AUGCGCUUGUUUUCCGCAAAGCAGCCACGAAGCACCUCCUCUGACACUUCUUAUCCGCGCUCAACACCAUCUCCCUCGUCACAUACGAGUCCAACGUUCCUCGUCACCUCCCCCACUGUCCUCAUGACCGGACGAUCCACAUCGGAAUCAAUAUCAUCCACCGCAGAACCGCCAAUAUCAGCAACGAUGGCUUCGUCUCGGUCCACUUCGGGCACCAUAGCCAACGUAGAGGCCCAAACACCACAUGCAUGUCAGACGAGACGCGGCAGUGCUUCCAGUACCACCACCUUUGGUUCAUCCGACCAAGCUUGUGAGGCUUGCGUCAUGGACAGGCCGUACGUAGAUCGGGUGCGGUCCAUCUCGCAUGUGUUUCUUGCAUUGCGUCUGAUGUUCACCGAUGCUCAACGGCGCAAGGAUCUAUUUACGAACUGGAUCCAUGUACCCAUCGGUAUCGCAUCACUUCUCUUUCUCACCUGGCUUAUCAAGCAGGCCAUGGACCGAGCACCCUUCCGAUUCCCCAGCCCCGUGCUCGCCAUGGUCUUUCUCUUUAUCUUGCUCCUCACACUCGAUUUUCUUUCGACCACGCCUCCUGUCCAGAAAUGGGCCGCUCGCAGAUCUUGCGCAACCGACGAUUCGCACACCAGUGUCAAUGACCAACCGCAGCGCAAGAUCCUUCUUCAGCCCAUGCUUGCCUUACUCGAAGCUCCAUGUGACUUUUGCUUGAGAUACAUGUCGGUCAUGUUCACGCCCAGCUUCAUCCUUAUCCCUGCGAGGGAGAUCAUCAACGGUAAAGAGAUCGGCUUGAUCACCGGUUGGUUCGCCGCCUCUCAGUUGCUCGGUCUCAUCUUCCCCGUCCUACUUCACAAGGCUAUUCGUUCGGUGGUUGCCAUUACAAAGCGUCGGGUUCAACACCGAAAGAAUGACAAGGAGGACAAGCUCAGACGAGCGCAUGAACAGCGUCGUGCUAGUGUCGCUACUCUGGUCGCUGUCAUGUCCAACAUCAACCCGACACCAGCUGCACCAGGCUUGGUCGCCAAAGCCGACACCGAAAGCACAUUGGGCGCAACCAGUCAUAAUAGCAACAAGCACAGCGCGCUGCAAGGCGGUGAAAAGCUGAGCAGUAUUGCUACCGGAUUGUCCGGUAUGACUGCCAUCGCUACUGCACCGCUGACGCUCAACACGGCUGUUGCGAUCAACACGCCGGGCGCACGUGCUCCAGUUCGUAAUGCAUCGCAACGUCAGGAUGCUCAACGCCAGCUGGAGCAUGUGCAGCUUGAGACAGCUCGUCAACAAGGAGAUCCGUAUGCGACCGCGCAUACUCCGAUCGCGCAUCACCACCACUAUCCGCAGGUGCCUUCUGCACCUAACUCGCCCCGACCUGGCUCGGCGCUGCACCACAACCACCGCUUGCACCACCACAACUCGGAUUACUUUGCUCAUGCCCAUAUGCAAGACCAUGGCGACGUCGAUGCCGAUGAGAGGCCAGCGCUCGGUCGAAGUCGAUCGUUGGCAAGAUCGUGGAUCGGUGCGUCGGUUGCAGGCGCACGUAUGCGCGAGGCUACCUCGCUUUCCCCCUCGCGAGUGGCUCGCCCUCGUUCUGGUAACGACAGGUCUGCCACUAAGGGCCGCUUCGGCGCUGCCAUCGUCGGCCCAGGUAGUGGUCUUAAGAAGCUCGCCGCAUCCUCGCGUAGGCCGCAGAGCGCGUCGGCUGCGUCGCAAAAAUCGGCUGGUCAAUUCGAGCGCGUCGUUCGGGCUAACGACACUCUCUCGCCCACGUUUGACGAGUACAUCUUGCGUGCCAGGCAAGAUCUGCUCGAUCGACGUUCGAGUGGCGCAGCCAUGGAUGACCAUGUUGCUGCUAGCAAGCAUGUGAAGGCAGACAGCGUUAGCAUCGAUCCUCGCACAACAAGACGAUCGGUCGAAGCAACAGGAGACGAGAUCGAGACGUUGGUCAUGCCCACGCUCGUCGCGCCUACGCCUCUGCGCACCAGUCAUGACGAGAAGCACGAUACCACCGCCUCGUAUUCGCUUUCGAAACCAAAUCCGCAGUACGACAUUCGAAGACCCAGCAAGGCCGAAAGUGACAAGACUGUCAGUGACGACAUUGAGGCACAUGUCACUUCGGACGGCGGUAUGAUUUGCGAAAAGAAGGUCGAUUGUAUGUCGGUAGAGCAGAUCGUCACCACGACAAGUGGAGACGAUCGCGCAGGACCGCCAGAUUCCGAACCAGAGAUGGACGCGGUCGAUCGGCUUGUUGAGAAGCUGUGGACGUUGAUCCCUUGGUUUGUGUUUUCACUUGUGCUCGUCGCUGGUAUCCCGCUGUUCUACAUUGUCGACAUUUCGUUGCCGCUCUUCCUCGGGAUCAACUUGGUCACCUUUCUUGGCUCUAUCACGCUCGUGCCAGCCAAGAUCCGACGCUACGCGCACCCGAUCCUUACCACAUCAAUCACCACGGUCCUCAUCCUCUGGGGCGUCGGCGAGAUCCGAGGCUGGUCGCUUCGGCGCACGCUCAACUCGUACUCGGUGGAUGCCAAGUACACUGUGCUGUGGUCUCUGCAGGGAUACACUGGUCCGGUGAUCGGCGCGGGCGAUGUAUUGUUUUCCACGCUGGAUGCCGGGAUUGUAUCGCUGGCGAUUCCGAUGUAUCGAUACCGCUGGGAUUUGUGGUUGCACUUGGUCGACAUGCUUGUCGUUCUGUUGCCAUGCUCGAUGAUGUCGCUGUUUGUGUGGCCGACGAUUGCUGCCAACAUUGGAAUUGCGCCGGAACGCGCGCUCGCUUUCGCGAGUCGAUUCAUGUCGACACCACUCGCCAUCGAGCUCUCGCUCACGAUCGGUGCCGACGAGAGCAUCACUGUUGUGCUUGUUGUCAUCACCGGGAUUGUCAUUUCGAUUUUCAAAGACGCGUUCUUCCGUCUGUUCGGCUUGAAUCCUGACCUUGACGGUCCUGGAUCCUCGGACGAGUCGGAUGACUCGCAGACUAAGCAAAGCCAACACGACUACCUCACCAUCGGUAUCGCCAUGGGCAGCACCGCGGGCGCUAUUGGCGCUUCCAGCCUGAUCGCGAAACCCAGAUGCAUGGCCAUCGCUUCGCUUUCGUUCGUCCUCUUUGGCGCCAUCUUGCUCAUCUGUGCAGCUAUCCCUCCGAUCGUCGAGACGCUCAGAAUGCUCGCUAAUGCCCCGCUCGACUUCACUCCCGCUGUGUAG